UCACCUCUCGCCACUCCACUGUCUCUGCAGCUCCUGGCGAAAAUGGAGCUCAGCGUGCUACUCCGCUUGGUCGCAGUUCUGCACCUCUCUCUAUUAACAUUCUCCGUAACUGCCGAGGAGUAUGUGACAGUGGACACACAGGAAGGCACUAUCAGAGGGAGGCUGGCAGAGACGUACACGGGCAAACCCAUGUUCAGGUUUGAAGGUAUCCCGUAUGCAGAACCGCCCAAAUGGGAUCUACGUUUCCAGCCACCAGUGAGGAAAGCGGCGUGGUCCGGUGUCCUGGACACGCUGGCAGCCUCUUGGGCGUGCACGCAGUACUCCAAGUACGCGACCGGCUUUGAAGACUGCCUGUUCAUCAACGUGUACGGACCUGGCGCUCCGCAGAAUGAAACUCUGAAGGCUGUUGUGGUGUGGAUCCACGGCGGUUGCUUCACGUCGUCUUCUGGAACCAGCGGCGUGCCGUACUAUUUCGUGGACAGCGGCGUCAUUUUCGUGACCUUCAAUUAUCGCCUCGGAAUUUUCGGUUUCUUAAGCACUGGUGAUGAAGUCGUCCCUGGAAACAUGGGUCUCAAGGACCAAGUAGAGGCCCUUCGCUGGGUGCAAAGGAACAUAGCGGUGUUCGGCGGCGACCCACAGCGGGUUACCAUACUCGGUGGAAGUGCCGGAAGCGCGUCCGUUCAGUACCACCUCCUGUCUCCCAUGAGCAAAGGACUGUUCAAGAACGCUAUAGCAAUGAGCGGGUCGGCGUUAAACCCUUGGGCAUUCUCCAAAAACCCAAGCGACAGGGCAAUACGGUACGCCAAAACUUUGGGAUAUAACGGAACGACUUCAACUGAACUUUUAGAAUUCCUGAAAACUAUUGAGGCGAGAACUCUCGUAGUGGACAGAAACAGUGCUUUAUCGGAAGAGGAUAGUGUGAGUUUGUUCACCUGCGUGUGGGCCCCUAGUAUUGAACCAGAAAACGAUUCCACGUUUUUGACAGAGGAGCCGCAGAAAAUUAUAGCCGAGGGUCGCUUCAACAAAGUCCCCUUCAUGACCGGAGCACUCGACCUGGAGCAGCUGAGACAAACACAGAAAAAUGGAGUGCUAUCCACAGAGGAACAAGUGAGCAACUUAAACGAGAACUUUGAGGAGAUCGUGGGUUGUGACAUCAGGCUGCCGACCAAGGAAGAGCGACUGGAAGGCGCUCGUGCCGUCAAGCAGUUCUACUACAACGGCAGCGACAUCACGUUGGACGACAGCUACACCACAGCGCUGUUCGAUUCGCACCUCUUUUUCGUGGAGGGCGUGGACGGGAUGGUGAGGAGCAUGGCCCGCUACUCCACAGAGCCUAUCUACUACUACCAGUUCUCGUUCAAAGGUCCCCUCAGUGCAUACCCUCACGGCGCAGGUGCGUCACAUGGUGACGAUCUGAAUUAUUUGUUCAAUAGAAAUACGGUGGAAGCCAAUUCCACUUCAGGCAUAAUCCAGGCUCAAAUGACACAAAUGUGGGUUAACUUCGCCAAAUAUGACAAUCCGACGCCGGAAGAGACAUCACUUGUGCCACUGACGUGGAAACAGUACGACGAGUCUACCCAAUUCUAUUUGCAGAUAACAUCACCGCUUAGUAACGGUACCAAUGUGUUUGGUCCGUACAUGAAAUUCUGGCACGACCUGCUCCCUCUCAGUUAAAGGCCCUACACUCACCACAAUUAUUUCAACACAGACGUACUGACGUAAAUUAAUGAGACACUAUAUGCGGAGAGAGCAGUCUCAUAGAAGCUAGGUGUGCCUGCAAUCUUUUGAGUAAAACUGACAUUGGUAACGAAAAUUUUUGAAACUGGUUUGAUACAUGACAGGUCUUUAGUUUUAUUUCCCUUUUUUACAGAUACUUUGUGACAUGUAAGUCAUUCUAUGAAUACCAUGAGUUUGUCCGGCGAAAUACUGUUAUACACUGUGUUUUGUAUUUACUCGAAUAAGAAGUUGAACCUGUGUAAGCGUUGAGUGAUAACCAGUAAAGUAAUUUUUUACUGAG